AUGCGUCUUGUAAUUUUUGAAUUACGCGCCUUACAAAUGUGUCUUGCUGUAAAAUACAAAAUUUCACAUAUCGGACUUGAAAUGCCAUCUGCAGACCAAAGCUGUGACGGACAAGGGCUUACUUUACAAGCUUGGGAUAGAAUAUUCAGUGACCCCAAUCUGUCUGUGAAUUCACUUCGACAUCGUGCCGUGGUAGGCAAUGUGUGUCAACAAGGAUUGAGGUCGGUGUGUUGGAAGCAAGAGACUAACAAUUUCUUACAUCAGAUCUUUCUUGACUAUUUCCCCAGCCUUGAGGUAUCCUCUUGGUCAGUAAUACAAAGAGAAAGACGCCAAUACUAUGCCGACCUUAGACAACAACAUAUCGACGGUCCUACCGAGAAAAUGACAAAUAAGACCGACAGUCAAGAAGAUUUAACAGACAAUAAUCCUCUUGCGCUAAACGAGAGCAAUCCAUGGCAGCAAUUCUUUGCCGACUCUGAAAUCCGAAAGAUCAUUCGUCAAGAUGUUGACCGAACAUUUCCAGAUGUUGAAUAUUUUCGCUCAGAAGAGACUCAGCAGCGUAUGACAGACAUAUUGUUUAUCUAUUGCAAGAUAAACCACGAUGUAUCCUACAGACAAGGCAUGCAUGAGUUGCUAGCACCUUUGUAUUGGAUCAUAGAUAAAGACAGCAUUGACCUGUCCGAGAAUGGAGAUGAUCUUACUAGUGUAUCAGAACCAGCAACAAAGAUCAUGAUGCAGGUCCUCAACUCAACUUACGUUGAGCACGACGCCUAUCUGUUGUUUGAGAGAAUGAUGAAAUACGCUAAACCUUGGUACGAAUUCAAUGACGAUGUACCCAGCAGACCUGGUAGUCGAUCAAAAAAUGUUCCCUUGAACCCUAUAGUAAUAGCAUGUCGUCGUAUUCAACAUGAAUACCUUCAGGCUAUUGAUCCACCUCUUUACAAACAUUUGGAGAGUUUUGGAAUCGAGCCCCAACUGUAUGGAAUCCGUUGGUUGCGUCUACUGUUCGGAAGAGAAUUUGACAUAAACGAUCUCUUGAAACUGUGGGAUGCCAUAUUUGCACAAGAUCCAACCCUAAAGAUUGCUGAAUACAUAUGUCUUGCUAUCCUAUUAAGAGUCCGAGACAAGUUGAUAAAUCAUGAAUAUGCCGAAUGUCUCACUCUUCUCAUGAGACCCUCGCAUCUAUCUGGCCCUGCAUCUCUUGUGGAGCAAGCAAAGUAUUUGCAGGAAAAUCUGUCUGAAGAUGCAGCCCUGCACAUAUUGAGGCAGAAUGAUGUCCGCGCCGGUAAAGAACCGCGCGACUCCCUUUGGGACGGAGUUCGUGUAGUCAAGGCAGACACCAAUUCUCGGAUAGCCCCGAACCGGCUUGAUCAGCGCAGAUCACAGGGAGCCAACCUGGAUGGAUUCUCAAGUCUGACGCGAGGUGUUAUGAAAAGUCCUCAUGUGCGUGAAAUCAACAAGGCCAUUGCAGGAGUAAUGGGAACUGUGCAGAAGAACGUCAAUAUUAUUGGAGACAAUAUGCUGGGAAGGUCAGUUUCAGAAGUACAGAGUCCUACCUCUCGAAGACGUCAGACAGUACCUUCAGAAUUCCCAGCUGGUAUUGACCGACUUGCCGCUACAGGAUCCUUCCAUACCCAUGACUCUCAAAACACCUCUCCUGAAAACAGACGACGAAAGGAAAGCGAUGAAUUGGCUAGACUUCAGGCCACCAAUCGACAGAUGGCUGACCUGAUGGCCAAAUGUAUCGAUCUUAUGGAGAAAGAACUGUUCUCUAAUUCGCCCGAACAAGUAAUUUCAAAGGAAACCACAGAUGAAACGUCGGAAGAUGUGGAUCAGAAUAACAAUAACAAUAACAAUAACAGUAGUAAUAGUAAUAGUAAUAACACUAGUAAUAGCAAUAGCAUUAUUAUUAGUGGUGGUAGUGGUGAUAGCUUACAAGAAGAAGAUAAAUCAACAAACAAUGAUAUUGUACCAAAAGAUCUCAUACAGCAAGAUAAAGAAGCAAGAGAAGAAGGAGAAGGAGAAGGAGAAGGAGAAGGAGAAGGAGAAGAUAUCUUGUCCAAAGAUAACGAGGAUCUGAGCUCAAGUCGGUACAGCCAAAAGUCAAAAGCAUCGUCAAAGGCAUCAACAUCUUCAAGUGUAUCGUCAAAGCCGGAUGAGGUGUCUCUUACCAUGGCUCUUGCCGGUCUCAAGCAUAUACGAGAUGUAUUGAGUGGCAAGCAGAUCCAAUUUGAUCCUAGUGCAGUCAGUCUCCUUGGCAAACGAAAUGAUCAAAGCUCACCCGACUGGAGAUGGGAUCUUGUGGAGCACGAAGAGGCUCUUGAAGACAAGAGCCAGACACCUCUUGUCAACAACAACAGUAUUAUUGCUCCUACAACCUCAUACUCCUCAUACUCCUCAUCUUCUUAUACCUCCCCUUCUUAUUCAAACACCGCAAUUGCAACUGCCACAUCUACAUCCACAUCCACAUCCACAGCUGUAAAUUCAACCACAACAGCACAAUCUUACUCCCAGCCACAAGCUUAUUUACAGACAAAGCCUUUGCCACCCAUAAAUAUGACCAUGCCUGACAUCAAGGCCCUUCCUCCAGUAAACUACAUCCCUACUAAUCCGCCACCUCCGAAACCACAAGUUGUCUACCGCAUCGAAGACCUUUUGUCUGAUCCAGCACUUCAGCCAGUCUUGCCAAGAUCAUUUCAGAAUCCAAAGUUCCAAUGGAUCUUGCAAGGAGAUUCUAACAGCAAUAAGGAUAACGAUGGCGAUAACAACAAUGAAAAUGAAAAUGAAAAUAACAAGAGCAAGAGCAAGAACAGCACCAAUAAUAGCAACAAUACUCCAUCAUCUCCUAAGCCAGAUUUCAUCCGGGCCAUGUCAUCGCCGUUGUCGUCGUCUUCAUUAUCAUUAUCAUCACCUUCUGCUUCCGACCUGUUCAAUCUGACUGUUGAUUCGACUCCAAAGACUCCAAAGAAACGCAGCAGCUUCACAUUUAGUCGCACGGUUGAAGCAACCAGUAUAUCUGCUCACACAAUGGAUCCAUUGGAUGCCAAGAAUGUUGAUAAGAGAAAGGCAUACGAUUAUGAUAUGUUUUAACAACCUUUUUAUUUCUUUCUUUCUCUUUAAAAUAAAUAAAUAUACAUAUCGAAUCCUGUAUUGUU